AUCGGUUCAUUCAUGAGAGCUGCUGCUCGCCCACAAUGCCCCGCAAAGGAAGCCGCCUUCCGGUCUCCAUGGAAACCGGGCCUAAGGGUAGAGGGCGCAGAAGCAGCCUGCGGUUCGCUUAGAGCGACGGGAACACCGCGCGGGGUGACGGCCUCGGCGGACCCCGGUCACCGGCGCCAUGUCCUUCAGAGACCUGAGGAACUUUACCGAAACGAUGAGGGCUCUGGGAUAUCCUCGUCUCAUCUCCAUGGAAAACUUCCGGACUCCAAACUUUCCUCUGGUUGCUGAAAUUCUCAUUUGGCUUGUGAAAAGGUACGAGCCUCAGACAGAUAUCCCCACGGAUGUGGACACCGAGCAAGACCGGGUCUUCUUCACCAAAGCUGUUGCUCAGUUCAUGGCCACCAAAGCUCACAUUAAACUCAACACCAAGAAGCUGUACCAAGCCGAUGGGUAUGCAGUGAAGGAGCUGUUGAAGGUCACCACUGUCCUGUACAACGCCAUGAAGACAAAGCGAAUGGACACAAACAAUGAUGUCGAGGAAGAGGGUUCCAAGUUCAAGUUUGACUUGGGGUCAAAGAUUUCAGAUCUGAAAACUGCAAGACAACUAGCCUCGGAGAUAACCUCCAAAGGAGCAACCGUGUUUGAUUUACUGGGAAAGGAAGUGGAUCUAAGGGAGAUGAGAACAGCAGCAAUUGCACGACCCUUGGAGAUCAAUGAGACGGAGAAGGCGCUCAGAGCAGGAAUUAAGGAGGUUCUUGAGCAAGUGCAGAAGACCAAGGACAUGUUGAACAACGUGGCUUCUGAUGAAGCCAACCUGGAGGCCAAGAUUGAGAAGAAGAAGCUGGAGCUGGAACGCAGCAAGAAGCGGCUGCAGACCCUGCAGAGUGUCAGGCCGGCUUUCAUGGACGAGUAUGAGAAGAUCGAGGAGGAUCUACAGAAACAGUACGAGAGCUAUGUGGAGAAAUUCCGGAACCUGUGCUACCUGGAGCAGCAGCUCGAGGACCUGCACAGGAUGGAGCAGGAGAGGUUUGAGGAAACUGAAAACACGUUGCGGCUGAUGCAGAAUAAACUGAAGGAGGAGGAGAAGCGGCUGAUGAAAAGCUCUGGCAAAGAAGAUGAUUCUGACAUGGAGAUGCAGGAGGACGAGGGCUCCGACAGUGACGUGGAGGACAGGCGCCCACUAAAGCCACGCCUCACUAGGGAGCUGCCAAUUCACGGGAGAGUUGGUGGUCGCGUGGUUGGGACGAUGCACGGAGGGGACACAGAGGAUGAGCUGCAAACACUGUCUACUUGGUCAAAGGAGGCCGAGAACGCCAACCCCAGCAAGGAUGAAUCAGAGAACAGUGAGGAUGACGAUGAGGAGGAAGAAUAUGAAAUUGUUGAUGAUGAUGAAAGCAUCGACAUUCAGCCAGAUCAGCCUGCCACACGAAUACACAAGCAGGAGCUGCUCGAUGAAAGUGACAACGACUUUUAGUCGGACAUGGAGCAGCAACUGAUGCAGAACAAAGUCUAAGUGAAAGGCUCUGGUGAUGGACUUGCUGGCCUGCUCCAGCUUCUUAUUCCAGUGUAUUGUGCAGUGAACAGCUAACUGGCAAGGGUACAAGUUGGUGCUGAAGCAGACAAACAUCACUACACUGGAAUUGGAUGUGCUGUUACAUUCUCAAUUACAUUGAUCUGGGGUUCUUGGAGUUUUCUUUUUAAAAUCCACUAUGCAAACUAAAAUGUUACAAGUUACAAUAUAUUAAAACAGAUUUCAAAUAUCUCAA